AUGCAAAUGUUCCGUCUUACUUGCAAAGCAUUCUUUACCACCCUUCAGAAGCCUCUGCCGUCCUUCUUCAAGAUGAAGACAACCUACGCAUACGCGAGCAUAGUCCUCGCCCUCAUGAGUUCUGGCAAUGUCCUCGCUCAUCAACACCACCACCACUCCAGGGAGGUGGAACAGCCAACCAGCUCCCUCUCUCUCUCCGCGUCAGUAAUUGCCACCACCUAUCCUACCGCCUCUGCGGCUGCCAACUCCACCUCUGGGGGCAAUUCCACCACGGGAGGCAGCCCCAUCACGGCCGGUACCUGCAGCAACUGCGACGGCGUCUGCGUUACCUUCGGCGCCACCAACGACGACCUCUGGUACUGGUGGAACGGUGGGCCCGGCGGCGAUGCCUCCACCUUCGCCAACAACCAAAUUGGCACCAUCUGCCUCACCGACGCCGGCGCCAUGUUUGUCGGCAGCUCCAGCAACGUAGACUCGGGGGGCGGCAACACGAAAUUCGAAUGGUCCAUCGGUGCCAGCACGUCCAAUUUCGAUGUCAGUGUAUGCGACGGCUUCAGCGUGCCCAUGUCCUGUACCGGCUUCGGCGGUAACGAGAGUCCUUAUGUCACGAUCGGCGGGGGCGACUUAUGCACCAGCGAUUGCCCAGCCGAUGAUCAAUUUGACGGGAAUUGCAGGAAUUUGGGGGCACAUACCGGGAAUUUGGCCGCAGUGCCUAGCUGUUUUCAGGAGGGGGCUGGGGCGGAGGGAAAGAGUGGGACGAACAAUUAUUGGCUGUAUGACAACUACUCUGUCCAGUCCAUAUUCACCGGCAGGACUGGUGUUGUCUGCACCGUCGGUGGAUCGAGCUCCAAGACGAAGCGGGACAUGAGACAGAGUGCGGCGGAGUUGGGGCCAAGGGCGAGCAUGCAUCGUCAGCAUGGACGCCACCAGAGGCGUGCGCAUGGACAUGGUCUACACGCGGUGUCUUGA